UGGGACCAAAGCCGCGCUAUACCCGCCCGCUGUACCUGCCUCUUCCUCGCCUCCACUCGACAUCACCGAGGCCAUACGCCACGGGACGAGAGGGCCAAGAACUGCCGGUGAUUUCCACCUCGUGCUUCCAGCCUCCAAGCCCGCUGACCUCACCUGCGGCGGAGUCGGCGUUUUCCCGGCUGCUGCCGGGGCUGGGAAUGCGGAGGGGCUGUGCCGCAGCGGUGGCGGGAGCGAUGCUGGGCGGGCAGGCGGGUAGGCCUUUUGCCUCGCAGGUGCCGUGUCCCUCGCCCGCUGCCGGCCCUGCCCCGGACCGGGCUCUGGUUUCUUUGAAGACCAGGCAUCUCAAAGAGACCAGACAGACCUACAUUUUAACAAAGAAGAUGGAGAAUAAUCAUUUUCUUCACUUGAUGUACAAAGUUAGAGCUGAAGAAGCCAGCAACUUGGAUGCACCAAUGGGUACAGACAAACGGGCCCCAACAAAAGCUUGCUCUCUCUAGACGGAGAAGCAUGAAGACUUCAAGGAACUAAAUGUUAAUAUGGAGAAUGAUUUUAAGACUGACUCAUCAUUAUCUACCUUUGCUCUUCAAAGUUCUUCAGAGACAUUGUUUUCUAUUCAGCUAUUAGAUUUCAAAACAAGUUUACUGGAAGCAUUAGAAGAAUUACGUAUGAGACGGGAUGCAGAAAUUAAAUAUGAAGAGCAGAUUGGUAAAAUUAUUGUGGAGACACAAGAACUGAAAUGGCAUAAUGAAACUCUUCAGAAUCAAAAGGAAAUGUUAACAAAGCAGCACAAAGAAGCAAUGGCAGUUUUUAAAAAGCAGUUUCAGAUGAAGAUGUAUGCUUUGGAGGAAGAAAAGGGAAAAUAUCAGCUUGCUACAGAAAUAAAAGAAAAAGAAAUAGAAGGAUUAAAGGAAACAUUAAAAAUGUUACAGGUUUCUAAAUAUUCUUUACAGAAGAAAGUGAGUGAAAUGGAACAAAAAGUCCAGUUACAUCUUUUGGCUAAAGAAGAUCAUCAGAAGCAACUGAAUGAAAUUGAGAAGCACUACGCCACAGUAACAGGCCAGUUUGGAAUGGUAAAAGAGAAUCACGAAAAGUUAGAACAAAAUGUACAGGAAGCAAUACAGUUAAACAAAAGACUUUCAGCUUCAAAUAGAAAACAAGAAUCUGAAAUAUGCAGUUUGAAAAAGGAACUAGAAAAAGUAACCUCAGACUUGAUAAAGUCCAAAGUCACAUGGCAACAUAAGAUGGGAGAAGAAAACAUCAGUUUCACAGUUAAAGAACAAAAAUUUCAGGAACUUCAAGAAAGACUCAACAUGGAGUUGGAAUUCAAUAAGAAGAUGAAAGAAGAGAUUACCCAUAUUCAAGAAGAAAAACAGGAUAUCAUCAUUUCAUUUCAACAUAUGCAGCAGUUACUCCAGCAACAGACUCAAGCUAAUACUGAAAUGGAAGCAGAAUUGAAGAUGCAAAGAGAAAAUAAUCAGACCCUUGAAAGAGAUAAUGAGCUGCAAAGGGAGAAGGCAAAAGAAAAUGAAGAAAAGUUUCUUAAUCUUCAAAAUGAGCAUGAGAAAGCCCUAAGAACUUGGAAGAAGCACGUUGAAGAACUUAAUGGAGAAGUUAAUGAGAUUAAAAAUGAGUUAUCUUCACUUAAAGAAACUCAUGUUAAGUUGCAAGAACAUUACAAUGAAUUGUGUGAUCAGAAGUUUGAGGAAGACAAUAAGUUUCAGACUUUUCCAGAAGUAAAUACUGAAGACAGUAAAAUGACAAUGGGGAAAUCACAAAAUACCAUACAGAAAUUUAAUUCUGGGCAAGAAAUAAGGGAAGAAAAUAUUGGGAAUUUUUGUUUUGAUUCUGAAUAUAGAGAAAAGGAAGAAAAGAAAGAAGGCCCACUUAUAGAAGAAAUCAUUAUAGAAGAUUCACGGCAUACUGACAAACUCUCCAAGAAUGAAGUUGACACGGCUAUACCUCAAGACGAAAAUCAGAGUGAACUCUCCCUAAGCAAAACCCUCUGCAAAGGAAAAGAAUUGAUUAGUCAAGGGCAAACUUCGAAUGUUACUGACUUUAGAAAAUCAGUUAAUACGGAAAUUAAAGACAAGGUGGACUUGGAAAAAGGCAGUGGAUGUGCAGAAUUUAAAUCACCAAAUAAUUCUUUUUUAGUGGCAGAUAUAUCCAUAGAAACAGAGAACAUUCACCUAGAAAGAACUGAAGUAGAUGUUCACCAGGCAGAUUUACAUCUGGAGGUUGAAAAUCACAGAACACCAUUUAACAGCAUCUUAAAUGAUGUGGCUCAUGGUACAAAUCAUAAAAAAGAUGUUUCUGAACAAUAUUUUAGAUUGCUUCCAGGAACUCAACAAAAUGCCACAGACAAGGGAAUUACAAAUAGUGACCAAACCAAAACAGAUUUGGAUUCAUCUCUGAAUGUAAAAGAGAAAUACAGUUUACAUGAUUACUACAUUACAAGUAGUGUUAUCUUAGAGGAUAAACAGUAUAAAACAGAGCCAAUACAAUUGUUACAUAAAAAAAGUGAGUGCAGCACAUUAUCGUUUAAACCAACCUCAGAUGUUCAGCAAGGCUGUACCGAUACUUCUGAGAAACCCGGACCAACUAUUCCCUUUGACACUGCAGUCAACCACCCCGUUCCAUCUGCUGUUUUCAGUGAUAACUUGAAAGUACUUUUUAAGGAUUCAGAUAAAAAUGGUACUGUUAUGCCUGUAUUGGUGAAAUCCAGCUCAAGCCCUGGGGGAAGAGCUGUGUGUAAACCCCCGACUGAUACACAAAACAGUCAGUUUAAGAACUGUGUGGGGUAUUUAGAAAACAGUGUGAACAUUUCCCACCUUCAAUUUAACAGUGAGAGUAUAAAUGCUUCACAAGCCAAAGACAGGAAAACUGCCGUUCAUGCGAAAACUUCCACAGAAAUACAGUUUUCCAAUAAAGAGAGUCAUGGUGAUGGGAAUCAGAUAACUGAAGCCACAGAAAAUGACCUUUCCCUGUUUGUGGAUGUUAUUGAAAGACAGCAUGCUCUGCCAAAUAAUACUGAAAAAACAGAGUCAUUAAAUGACAUUGUUUCAGGAAGAUUUUACAGUGAGGGACAGCUGGAAGAAUCAUGUUCAUUUCACAUACAGCCAUCUGGAGAUUUAGUAAACAGAAGUGGCAGGUUGGCCUUUGAUCUUUUAACUUCAGAUAAAAAAACUGAGAAAACUCCAGGAUAUGUGAAUUUUUUAGACCCCAGUCCUUGGUCAAAAGUAAAUCAAACUGAAAGUCAAACAGUGAGCGCUUCAACUUCCAGCAUUCCUUUGUCGCUGAAGGAGAGACCAGUAGGCCCAUCAGAAAACGAAAAGAUUGUUUCAGUGACACUUUGCGUAGAUGUGGGUGUGGGUGAUGUCAGCAAGGAUAUUGGGCCAGAUACUACCAGCAUUAACAGAGUUGCUGACACUUUGAAUAACUCCGCUAUCCAUCCAGAUCCCAAGGGAGAGACCAGUGAAGAGAGGAAUGCAACUGCAGAGACUUUUUAUGAUUCCUCUUUUCCCACAGAACAUGUGAAAACAAAGCCUCUGAACUCAGCUCUGCAAAGCCGUUUUCAGAUUGUCAAGAUUAAAGACACUAAGGAUUUAACUGUGUCUUCUACUGGGGAAGAUGACUGGCAGAGCCUGCUAACAAAUCAAGUAAAUGAAAUUGAAAAGUACCUAGUCUUAGAAAGUGACAACCCAACUAAAAAGAGAAAAGCAGAAGAGAUGUUGGAAAAAACAGAUUAAAGUAAUUUCAGUGGUGAAACAGUAUAUUGACGUGGUUUUAAGCAAAAUGACUGUUACAUUUACAGCUUUUUACAGAUGUAUUGCUCACUUUUCCAGCUUUUUCUGAUGUGACGAAGUCACUAUUAUGUUUUUGCUCAGCAAAUGCUUCAUUUAAGAUAGCUGAGACUGCCAAGUUUGCUGUCAGCAUCCAGUUCCCCUUCAAGUUCUCCAUAUAUCCUUUCAUCAAAGCUCUUGUAGCACCUUCAAAACCCUCCCUCGUAGAACACAACUUCAGUAUUGUACACGACAGACACAGUGACUCCCUCUGUAACUCACUACUGUAUAUCCUCUGAUUGUGAUUUCCUUUUCUUUGAA